AACAAAUUUUGCCACGAAGGAGCUGAGAGUUGUUGACAAUGAUCAGGAACAAUUUCAGUUUUACUGAUCUUUGAUGUCACUUCCAUUCUUUAAUGUUGUGCUAAGCUUAUGCUGGUUUGGAUGGAAUGACUUUGGCAAGAAGUGAGAGAGAAUGGACCAUUCUCGUAAACGAAGUAAGGUUUUUUUCUUAACUCAAGAAUCAGCUGAUUUGAUUUCACUUUCCUUCGGCACAAUUGUCCUUAAACAACAGUGAACAGUUUCUUAAUUUCAUUUUUAAUUCGUAGCUUUUUGUAAAGUUGCAACUAAAAGAAAUACGGCGAGAAUUCUGAUUCCAGUUGUCGCGAAAAACAAUGAGAAUACCUUCCCUGGGAUAAUGCUAAAAAAGCUAAUGUUUAUCUUAUCAACAAGUAUUCGCUUAACGUUACUCGAGAUAAUUCAGUGAUGUUGAAAUGGUUUUGGGCCAAUUUGGUAAUUUGGGGCGUGAAUUAUUUUGUAGGUUUGCCUUCAAAAAGUUAAACUACUCGGCAAAAGUUGCAAGGCUGCUUGUGAAAUGAAAGUUAUCUUUAUAAAGAUAUAUGCGUCAAAUGAAUGUAGGCGGAAGGCAAAGAAUCGAUCAGAGUAUUCAUGUAAAUCGCGAGCUGUUCUACUACUUUUCUCAAUUUACCUGUUGCAUUACUAAUUUAUUCAAAUCGCAAAUGCAAGUGAUGGUUUGUAUCAACAGCUGUUUGUAUACAAAUAAUCAGUGAAUGCUCAGUUUUAAAAAAUGUCCAAAUCUAUAAUUACUGAGCGGCCGUCGACAUAUUCACGUUUUCCCCUCUUAGGUCAGUUUGCUUUUGUCCAAAAAUGCCCCAUACUGAACAUCCACUGCCUUGCCCUCCCCCCCUAAUUGUCCAGUUGACAUUAAGCGGGGGAAAAGUGAAUAUGUAGACAGCCCCUAACUCUCCUGGACAAAUCAGAUAGGUUAAAAGACUUAUCUUUACACUACUUACCUUCCCAGGGUAAGGAGAAAAUCUGAAUUUAAGAGAAUUUUGUCUUUCUACCCACAACUUGAAUGAGGCCCUGUCAGAUGUUGGUGAAGUAAAUCUGAGCUAUGGCUUUCUACUUUUUAGGCAGCAGUUUUUUUCAAAAAUUCCCAAAACAUGUUCAAUGUCCACCCCAGCAUACCCAAGUAACAGUUACCCAUAGUACUAGGGAGCUUUAUAGGAACAAUGACGUCGACGGCUAUGAAAGCGUCACUUAAAAAGUGAAGUCGCGCUACUUCAAACUUUAUCAUGCUUAUUCCAUCUCGUUCAAUCCAUGAAAUGUUAGCAAUUUUUUCUAGAGGUGAAUUCUAAAAGACUGUAUCAAAGUUCGGGAAAAGAAAAAGAAAGUCAUUGUCUUGUGUUCGCGUCCCCCACAAAAUGUGAAAUUAGGUAUUUUCACGUCAUAGUUGUGCAGUGACUUCAAAGAAAUGUACAAAAAAGCGUGAUGCACAUGCAGAGCUGUUGUUUUGCCAAUCUAAACAUUUGCUUUUUUGCCGUUCUCGUUGAAGUCGCUGUCGUCGUUGCUUAAGCUCCCUACUGGUAAAACAGUGACUCCCUGCUCAAGGCCCUGUUAAGGUUGAAUUCCAACAAGUGACAUGACCUCGAAACAGUGACAUACAGUCUGUAAGACAAAUGAAAUGGUGACAGAUACAUGAAUUUGGGUUGAAACUGUGACAGCUACAGGGAAAAUCACAAAUACAAUGGUGAAAUACCAACAGAGACAUGGCCUACUCUUCCAUAGGUAUGCGAAAUGACCACUUUUGAAAUUCAUACGAGGGACAUACAUACCCCACUAAGAGGGCCUUCUCCUUGGGAGCAGAAGUGAACAACUUGUGAGGAUUAUACAUGCACAGCAAAUCACAUUAUAGUUGUUAAUAUACUACCAAAAACUGUUCCUUUUUAUAGAAAAUGUUUUGUCCGAAAGGAGGAAAAAAAAGAAGAGAAUCGUGAUAGUCAAAUCAAGUUUGUUUAUAUUGUGGUUCAUUAUCUUGACCAUGUAGCUUAUGUCAUUGUAAGUUAUUGGGUCAAUUUGUUUAAGGCCUGGGAAAAAAUUGUUUCCUAGUCAAGGGUGGACUAGGCUGUAUGGUUCUUUGGUACCCUUCUAGUCCUUCCCUGCUGCUAACUUGUGUCGUUAUUAUUUAUUAUAUUAUAUGCAGUAAAAUGGAUUAAAUUAAAUUAAUUAAGAAUUGAUUUUAAGCCUCUUGAUGCAUGCUUCCUUAUUCAGGGGGGGAUAUCUUAACAAGAAACUACUUUUACAUGUACUUUAUUGUUGAUUGUGUGAUUUUUUUGUAAUUUGUAGUAUAACGUUUGCAAGAAGAAGCUAAAUAGCAAAAGAGAAGCUCUCAAGAUUUUAACAAGUGACUUGGAAUUAUGCCAAAGGGAAAGAGACAUUUAUAAAUCAAAGAUAAAACAACUGGUAAGUGUGAUAACAAGUUAAAAAACAAGGCAAGUUGUGUUAUGAUAACAUGUCCCUGUACAACAGCCUUAGGGCGCUAUCCAUUUGUCAGAACUGGCCGGCCGGACCAUUGCCAGACCAGUCAGUUAGCAAAUGAAAUCAGCUUUUUCAAAAGGAUUUUUGCUGAAAACCAUCUCCUUCAUGCAUACUGUUUAGGAUUUAACUGAUCUCGCUGGAUUGUUUUGAUUAACAGUGAAAUUCUCAUCACGACGGGAAUGGUCUGGCCGGUCAGUUAUGACAAAUGGAAAGCGCCCUUAGUUCAAUAAAAUAAAAUAACUACUUAUGAUAUUCAGUUUGUCAGUGGUGGCAUAUCCACUUAGAGGCUCUUUAUUUGUCCUUUCUGAUCAAACUGCCAGAUUUUAGAAAAUUUUGGUUUUUAAGCAGGGCAGUACCCAGGAGACAAGUCUGUUGAAUCAAGGGCAGCAGGGCUGUCGCUCAGAUGUCAAGUGGCCCUGGCCUUGGGCCAUUGGUGACAGCCCAGUAAUUUGCCAGUAGAGUAAGAUGACACCAAAUGUCAAGAGUCCAGGUCGCACUCACUUAUUCUCUCUGGUCUUUUGUAGCUAAAAGAGGUUGAAGAUUAUAAACGAAAGGAGAGAGAACAAGAAAACAAGCAAGCAGACAAAAAUAAUGCACAGACACCUACUAAAAAGGUAGUUCAGAAUUCUCAGUAUUAAUUGAUAACCAGUAAUAAUUAAACUAACUGUUAAUUUAACUGUUUAUACUACUACAUGAGAAAUUUCUGCAAUUUGAUUGGCUUAGCGCAGUGGUAUUUCAGCUUAAUUUGAAAUACCUACAUGUGAAAAUUACAAAUCAUGUGUGGGUAGUAGUAUAAACAAAUAAUAGCAUGAUGUGCACUUGAUAUUUGGCAUAAAUACUACUCGUGAUAUUUCAAAAUUGUCGCAAAUUUCACACGCCUAACGGGUCGUGAAAUUUCGUAUAACAAUUUCAAAAUAUCACUCGUGGUAUUUAUGCCAAAUAUCACUACAAAUCAUGCUAUUACCUAUACUAAUUAUUAACAGUUAAAUUAACAGUUAGUUUAUAUGUGUUACUUAACAGUAUCAGUAACACAUAUAACAGUUUAUAUCUGGUUUGUUUUCUGACAAUUUCUUUUUCCUUCUUUUUAUACAUGGUAAGUGUUAUUUUAUUAUUGCUUGGACUAGCUUGUAUAUUUUUUAUGUUUCGGAAUAGUGCUUUCCUGCUGCUCUCUGCUUGGUUGUGUAUAAUGUUUUCAUUGAAAAUGGGUUAAAUUAAAUUAAAUUUGGCUAUCUUGUCAAAGAUUACCGGGUAAUAAACAUUUCUCUCGAAAUCCUAUCAUGGCACCCUUUGGCAAAGGUUUGGUUGAAAAUUUAUCAUUGUUCUCUGGUUAUGACCGGGUAUUAAUUUGUGCUCUUUAGAGAGGUGCCUCAUUCUGUGGUCAGAGUGUGUGGGAACAAGAGCUGCAGAAUGUCAGAGAAAGAAAACAAAAGGUGACUUACGUUUUAUACUCCAUUAGCAUUCUAAGUCCAUACUUGUGGUAUUGAAAAUUAUGAAGGUAUACAUUGCUCUAAAUUUUAUUUUGUUGAAAUUAAGUACAUGGUUGCGAGAUUUAAGAGCAGGAUAUUCGAAAAAACUGGAAUUUAUAUGAGUUUGUGUUCUAGCUAUCUCAAUAUUACGAGAGGAUUACCAGUUACUGUAAUAAUAAUAAUAAUACAGUUAUCCAACACAAAGUACACUGAAGUCCCAGAAGAAUGCACCCAUCGUUUUUAGGGCUCCAAAUGUAAUCUGAUCCUUUAAUUAUAUGUUUUUGUUUAAAAUUUUCUCAUUGUAGACAUUAUCACAGUUAUUGUGUGAGUCACGUGGGGAAAACAAGGCCCUGAUAAAAGACCUAGCUGAGCUGCGUCAGCUUUACCGUGAUGCUCAGGAGGAUAUACAGCUACUGCAUGAUGCAUUAGCUAAACAAAAUAACUGUAACUGUGGACUCAAAGCUGGUACCAAUGGCAUGGAUCCACGUCAGGAUCUCAUUUCCCAACUUGAAAGAAAUCAAGAGAAGGUAUAGAAAUGAGGCAUACACCCAGUAAAUUUUGUGCUAACUUAUUAUAUUUAAAAAAUGCACUUUAUUUGAGUGGCACAAAAGUACUAAUUGAGGACACUAUUGUUAUGUCUCCUGCUGGAGAUGGGACCACCUUUUUGUCUAGCUGUUUGCAUGCACGGCAAAGGUAUUCCUUUUUUUUCCUAGUUAUUUUAAGACCCUGAGUAUUUGUCUGGAUGCUGGAGUCAAACCCAUGAGCUAAUCCUGCUGUAGAAGCCCUGUUUUUUUUUUUUGCAUUUCAUUCAUAACAAACUGAGGCUAUGAUAGCAUGCACGAUUUAAAAAAUUGCCUUCUCUGGGAUCACUUGCAGACUCCCACAUAAAGGGUGAGUCUGCAAGUGAACCUGGAGAUGGCUCCACCCUCUGUAUGGGUCUGGGUACAAUGUCACGCAAGAAAAUUUUGAAAAACAUAGCCUAUAAUAUCAUAUGUGAUAGAUUUCCAAAUACAGUCGAACCUCCAUUUGCGACCACCUCUUGUAAGCAACCACCUCCCAUAAGCGACCGCCUAUCCAAAACACCAAAACUUUCCCAGACAAAGCCUUACAGCUGGAGCCUCUAGUAAAAGAAAACCUCCUGUAAGUGACUGCGACCACAUUUUUGGGCCUGAAAGUGUAAUGAUUUUCCAUUGCUUUUAAUCUUCUGUAAGUGACCACUUGACGCAUUCUCUGAUCUCUAUGUACGCUGUGUGCACUAUGGUACUUAGAAUGUAUGAAGAACUUUAGCGACAACAUGGAACUACACAUGGCAUAACUUAAAAAUUGCAUGCAAUAAAUUAUCUUCCAUAAAGUAGAUGUGCCCGGACCUCUUCAUGUGAGAGGCCCCCUGUGGUUCGAUUCUUGUAAGCGACCACCUCCAGUAAGUGGCCACUAAGUCUUUGCAUUUUGGGUGAUCGCUUACGGGAGGUUCGACCGUAUGCCAAAGAGAAACUGCCACCUGCUUCUCAGAUCUCAAGCCAUCUUUUCUAAAAGCAAAAGAACUGGGCUCCCAAUAAUAAGGGUUUUUAUGUACAGGGUGUAAUAGCCGUUGUCUACAGUCAUGAGAAGUGGUUUUGAGCAAAAUAGACCUUUUUACCGAUAUGAUAGCCAUAUUGAAUUAAUUCGAUUUAAGGAGUGUUAUAGGAUGCCCAGGGGGCAUGAGCACAUUUCGUUUGUAUUUUCGAGCACUUUUCGGGACAUUUUUUCUUAAAGUUUUCUUAGAAUAAGAUUGUAAUGGGCAAAAAGAUCCUUGGGCCGUGUUUUGAUGUAAUAAUGAUCGCCUUUUUCCCGAGAAAUAUACAGUGAAAGUCCAUAUCUCUGAUACUAAAAUAGAAAAAGGCGAUCCUUAUAACAUCAAAACACGGCACAAGGAUCUUUUUGCCCAUUACAAUCUUAUUCUAAGAAAACUUUAAGAAAAAAUGUCCCGAAAAGUGCUCGAAAAUACAAACGAAAUGUGCUCAUACCCCUGGGCAUCCUCUAAUAAUCCUUAAAUCGAAUUAAUUCAAUGUGGCCGCCAUAUCAGUAAACAGGUCUAUUAUAAGGAACUAAAGUUCCUCUGGGCAUUCUUUCCCAAAACGUCACUGUUGCUUUUGUUAAUUUAUUGAGUAUGUAAACUACGUUAAGAACCUGAUUGUUUGACGUCUUUAUUUAAUUAUAUUAAUUUUUGCAACUUAGACUUUGAUCAAACAUUUAAGAAGAAGAAAGAACAUCAACAAAGUAUAAGAAUGUAGCAUGAGCCAUCUGAUAUAUUAUAAUUGUUCUGUUUUGUACAGUUGGUGGAGUUGGAGAGAGAGAAACUUGCCAUAAGUGAUGAGAAAGCUGAGAUUGCUAUGGAGGUAUGAAUCAAUUUUUUUAUUGGACCCUUUAAACCCUAAGAUCAAAACUUGAAUUCUCAUUUGUUGCCCCUAUUCAUUUCCUACAGAAAGUAGUGGGGAGAAGUUGAUAAAAUAUCAAGCAAAUUUAUCUUGUGUGAUCAUGUCCGUAAUUCUCAUGACCACUCUGUUUUACAAAGCAUUGAUAUUACAAGGAGAAAUUUGAUGCUGAUCACAAUAGGGCUUAACAGGUUAAUACAAUGUACAUGAUAAUAAUGCUAAAUCGGCAUGGAACAGUGUUAUUGUCUUUUUAUACAGUAAUUUUUUUGUUUCUUCCUUAAAUCAGAAGCCAUUCUUUCCUUAUCAUUAUGCUUAAAUAUUACGCUCCUUAUGCUUUAAAUAUUUCUGUAAGAGGGAGAAGGUCCAAGUCUGAGGCUUGCUGUCCCUUCAUUUCCUUAGUCAAGAAACUUUGUCACCCUUAAUGUUUGCCCUUUACCAAAGUGGAUAAAUUACCAGUUACCGGCGAUCUACUGCUUGUGGUAGCCCUGUGAUGGACUUGGCAUCCCAUUCAAGGGAAAGUAGAAAUAUUCACAAUUCAAGGUUGCAACCCUGUACAGAGCAGCUCCCCUUGAAAGGGGUACCAGUUGCGGAUCCACACCAGUUUCCACACUUUGUUGGAAAUUGGUCAGUUUUUUCAUAAAUAGUCCUCAUAAUCCGCCGAUUUACAAGGUCUCACCUGAAGAGAAUGGAACGGGCCAAUAUACUGUUGGAAAGAGGAAUUAGGGGAGUUAAAAUCCAAAACAUUUCCUGCGGAACAUGCCUCAAGACCCCCAUCCACUCCUUCCCCCCCCCCUCCCCCCACCUCCACUCUGUACGAAUGCCCAAAAGGGUAACAGAUGCAUUUUACAACUGUGAAGAAGUCAAGAAAAUGUUGUGGUUUGUAAUUUAUUCAUUUUCAAAGUGUUAAAGAGUAAAUUUAGAACUUAGUUUUAAAGUGUAAAAGAGUACUUAGCUUGAAUAGUGUUAAUUUCCGGCUUUUUUAAUAUGUUUUAUAGUAUUUAAGUUUUCAUUAAUGAUGUAAUUUAGUUUUAAAGGUGUCCCCAAUUAGUGCCAAUAGGCACUAGAACGAUUAGACACUUUAAUAAAGGUUAUGUAUGUAUGUAUGUGCAUUUACAGCACUUAAAGGCAUGCAAAGUUCUAAACUAGGUUUGUGAAAGGGUUACCAUGAUUUUGUCAAUACAAAUGAAAGGGCACCUUUUCUGUUAGCCUGCAUCGCAGAUGUAUUGCCCCCAACGGACUCAACCACGAAUUACUGGAAGAGCAUUUCGAAUUUCCUUUCAUCUUGAUUGGCAUUUCGACAAUGGCAUUUUUAACAGGCCAAUCGUGGUGCCUACUCAAAUCCUGGUACACAGGUGGGGCCCAGAACAAGGACUUCAGCACUGUUUCGCAGAGUUUAGUUUCAUCUGCGGUACAGGCUACUUUUCUGUGCUAAGGGAUUGGACCUCAGGGCAGAGCCUCCCCCUAGAAAAAUUUUUUGAGUACCCCCCCCCCCCAAUUCCCCAGAAGGAUACAACUUCAUGCUGCAACUGGGUAAACUGACCUGUGGGCUCAUGAACUUCUUAACCUUUUCAUGCUGUUUGGCAAAUAUUUGGAAAGUAAAUUGUCAAAUUGUUAUCAAAGAUGCCACCAUCAUAAUACGUUUCUGGGAAACUGCCCACCUACCCCUCCCCUAAGCCAACAUUAACACUUACUUCUCACUUAGGGCAAAAUGUUGGCUUAAGGGAGGGGUAGGAGGGCAGUUUCCAAGAAACGUUUAAUGAUCCGUUAUUUUAUCCAUGUAGAGAGAUCAUUAUAAAGACAAGUCAGACAGACUCAACACACAGCUUAACUUUAUCCUUGGUGCUGAUGAUAGGAGACUAGUUGAUAUAGACUCAGUUCUCAUGGAAAACAGGUUUGUGUGACAGUUAAAUAACACGUUUUGCAAGUUGUGGUCAUCACUGUUACUCGGCUACUAUCAGUUCGAAAAAGAAUGUACGAAUUCUGCUUACAGGUAACUCUCAAAGUUAAACAUAUAAAUGACUGUUUCACAUAAUCGUCCACAUUUGCCAUUUAAGUAUUUCUAUUCAUAACACAUCGGUAAGCUCCUCUGACCACCGUACACUUCUAUCAAAGCCAUUAAUUUCUUUCUUUUCUUUUUUUGCUUUAUCUGUUAUUUUAUUCCUACUAAAUACUAUAUACAGUGUAAAUACUAUAUUAUAGUGUGAAUAAACUGAACUGAACUGUGAGGUGGUAAAACUAUCCAUGACACGUAUGACAGUACCAUCAAAUCCGAAUUUCUAUAAGAAAAAAAAAACUUAAAACGGUGAAACACGUUUAAGUUUUGUCUAGCUGUAAACCAGGGUUGCAAAUCGUCGGUAUCCGGUCACCCCGCCACUAAUUAAAACCAUCUUCCCUAUCAACGAAAGUGGCGCCAAGAAGUAGACUCGCCACCAAGAUACAGUCUAUUCACCUAGGAUUACUGAGUCAAGAUCUCAGGCGAUAAACCUUGUCCGUCCAUCAUAAAACCAGUGGAUUGUUACAAAGAAUCCGCCGCCCAAAAAAUUACAGCAUUCGCCCGCUAAUCCCGCCAGCUACGCUGGCAACGCAGUUAAUUGCGAGUUAAAUGAAGGCGAGUCGACUUUUUGGUGGCGAGUUGCUUGGUGGCGAGAUGUUCUGGUGGUGUAAUGUCACCGUAAAACAAAUCGCUUACUUCUUAGACAUUUCUUUUACUGAUUUACCUGUAUGUCACGCAAGCUACAGAGUGUAAAAUUCAGUUUGUUAGUUGCCCUUUCACUAAUUCUCAUGUUUUCUUUACGCAGUUUAACCUUACCUCAGGGGCACCCAACGUCAAUUUUCGGAAAAUAUCUGUUCGGAAGACGAUUUGAGAUCUAGAAUCUUCGGAACAUUUGUUUUAAAAUUUCUUGCUUGCCUGCCUCUCCUAGGAUUUUCAAACAUCUAAAAAUUGGUAUAAUUGCCCAUUUUUAACGGAUUUUUACCCUUAAAAGGUCACCUAGAAUUUUCGGGAGCCUUUUUUCCCCCUGAAAUUUUCAAAAAGGUAAGUUUGGAUCCCCAUAAUUUUCUGAUCACUAGACUUUCAGCUAGGAAAUCCGAACAGAUGAAGAAUUUUCAGGGGAUAAAAAUAUGCCUAUAUCUACCGUUUAAAUACAAAAUACGUUUAACAAUGCUAUGGUUAAGUGGUCUUGAAGUAUUUUCUCGUUGGGCGCCCCUGCUUACCUGUUUUCAAUAUUUCUUUCAAGUCAAUGUUGCAAAUCAGAAGAGAAAAUUCUACAUGUUAGAAAGCGAAUCCAUGAGUGAUUUAAGUAUUUUAAUGAAGCUGUCGUUUGAAUUUUUCCUUGAUUUAUUUUUCAAGGUAUUUAAAGGAGCAAAUUAAGCAACUUAAGGAAGAAAAGAGUAUGGCGGUAUCAGCUUUAGCUAGAUACAAGGUGAGGGAAGUAGAAGGAUAGAAAACAGUUCUUCGAAAUAUCUUUAUAUUACUACGAGAUCUGAUUUGUAUAUCUUUUUGCUUACUAUUCCAGCUUUUUCGACUGGAAAUUAUCUUUUUAUUGUGAACGGUUUGAACCCAGGAGUUAUAAGUAUAGUGGAACCUCGAUAUAACGAAGGGCCAAGGGACUGGCAAAUCAAUAUGUUCGCUAUAACGAGGUUUCGUUAUAUCGAGGUUCUUUUUCAUAUAUUUUACUAUGACUGUGGUGAAGAAAACGUUCGUUAUACCGAGGUUCGUUAUAUAGAGAUUCGAUAUAUAGAGGUUAGUUAUAUCGAGGUUCUGCUGUAGGUGGAAUGUUUUCAUCUGGUCGAGUGCCGUUGUUCACAGUGACUGACGUUUCCAACUGUGCGGUAAGUCAUCAUAAGGCCAACUGGUCUUUUCGAUAACAAAUCGUUUUGAUACAAGUUUAUUCAGUUGAGGUGUGACUGGUUUCCCGAACUUGGCUUAAAGAACGAGGAAUAUUCACCCAAAAUGUUUUCUUUUUAACGCGCAAACGGUACUUGAAGGGAUAGAAAUUGUCGUUUUGUAUGGAAACGACUUUGCAUCGAUACGAACGCCCUCCAUCAUAAGAGUUAUGAUGACGAUGAUGAGUACCGCACAGGUUGUCGAAACUUGCCAAAAACAGUCCUAAUCAUACAUGUGGGACUUUCUAUGCCGUUGAUUUUUUAGGAAUGUUGUAAUACCUGUCGAUGGAAAUCUGAUUUAGAUUUUGACUUUGUUUUGUUCAGAACAGUUUUGAGAAGCGGAAGAACAAGAUUCUUCAAGCACAGUACCCAGGAUCUCCCGUCAGCACCAAUAAACACGGUAAAUGUACGAUACAUAACUCACUUCAUGGGCCAUUUCCGAGUUUCAAAAACGCUGACUUUCAUAACGAGGCUAACUGCAACACCUUUCUUUGUAAAAAUGAGAUUUAUUAGCGUGAGGAUAAAAAAUUCAUUGUUUUAUUCGUAGCUUCGCACUUGGCCUCGCUGAAGCCGAAGCGACAACCGGAAAGACAUGAGAGCGGCGCUUAAUCGGGGGUUGGGGGCGGCGGGCGCUCAGUCGGUGUCGGCGCUUAUUCGAGUAAAUACGAUAACUGGCGACAGUAACAUAAUGAAUCUUGUCAAACAUCCGUGUUACAGCCCCUUUAAAUGACGUGUAACUUACGUCAUUGAUGGCGUGAAUUGUACAUUUAGGGUCGAAUGUUAUUUUAUUUACUGUCAUUUUACAUUUAAGCAAUAGAAAACGUUUUCCGUGUUUGCAUAGCCUGAUAUAAACACGAGAGGGGUCGGGAGAAUUAUGCAAACCCGAGUCAAAGUCGAGGGUUUGCAUAACUGUCGAGAAUUCUCCCAACGCCUCGAGUGUUUAUAUCAGGCUAUGCAAACAUAGGAAAAAAAGUUUUCUAUUGCUUUUAUAAAAUAAGUUUCCCGAAAGAAAACGCAAAACUUCUUUGUAUGGCACCGAUUAAAAGAGAAAUUCUUACCAGUGGCAAAGUCUUGUCCGCGAAGUCUUGCAAGUCUUGGGCAGCCAAGGUCAGAGUCUGCCUGCCUCUUCCAAGACCAGCGAAUGAAAGUAUCAUAAUAGUUUGUGUCUUUUUCUUUAGCCAUGCCUUCGCUCAUCUCUGAUUUUGUGGGCCAUCUAGCCCAUAUUGGCUCCAGUUCAAAGCCAUCCACUGUAGCUGACUUACAGUUCUUAGCUAACUCGCUAUCAGAAACUCUAUCGGAGAAGGACACCGCCCUUCAACAUCUGAGAAGUGCUAACAAGUAAGUUUGUGAAGGUGUAGAGCUUAAAAUUACUGUAAUACCUUCAGGAAAUGAACUUGAAAAUUUCUCUUCGUAAAGGACUACCGAGGAGAAGUCAACAGGCUAGUUUUAGAAUAAUUAUCACCAGAUAUUCAGAACCGUGCCAGCCAAUCAAGGUGCGCGAGAAGCAAUAUUCACUGGCUUGGGAUAAACAAGUUUCAGUGAUGAACAAGUUAGACGAUUUUUUUCGCGGUGCGAAUGCCAGACGAACUUGGGAAGGGAAAUAACAAGGCCCCUUUUUCUCAGAGUGAUCUUGCGCGAGUGCCGCCAGGUUCUGGGAUGCUAGAGAUAGAUCCGUUACUGCAUUAGAGUCUAACUGACUUCAUCGAUGUUGUAUCUCUUGCUAGAAUCCUAGGCCAUCGAGUUGCAGAACUUGAAAAGAAACUCAAGACAUUAGAAGUGUCAGGCUUGUGGUCCUUACAAGGUGAGCAUCCAUCGACAGUUUCCUUAACAUGCAUGUCACGUUGUUUUAACCAGGUAAUUGGAAAUCUAACCAAUAUAAAGAGAGAUGGUAAAGUAAAAUUUAAACUCUGUAGGAAAUGAAAGAGAUGCAGUGAUCUGCUUCUUCCCAAUUGCUCGCGAUCGGUUAUUUUGUCAAGGGAUAUUUUAGAUAAUAUAACAAUUCAGGGAAGCAGGAUCCCUUUGUUUAUAGUUUUCCUUCUCAUUUCUUCCCGUUUGCUUUCUGCCCUCGUUUUCAUCAUUCCUCACUCGAGCUUCUUGCUCGUCUCCAGUACCCCGGUAUUUAAGUCUGUGUUUGGGUCGCCACUUUGAUGUUCCGCGGAAGACCGGUGUCGAGAUAGUUGUCAAAGUGCAUUGUGGGACUGUUUUUGGGACGCAUUUUCAACAUGGCGGCAAAUUCGUCCCCCAAAACAGUCCCACAAUGCACUUUGACAACCAUCUCGACCCAGUCCGAGGAGACUGUGGAAUGAUAUCAUGUCAAGAGCAAGGGACAAAGAAGUGGGAAAUCGUAACUUCCCUACAGGAUACAUUAAACCUGUCAUUCUGUUUUAAUAAGUAUACAACUAUACUGAUCUAGAAUAGAAAAUUCCAAAACUCACAGCAAAAUUAGAGACAAAAAAACCGAAUAUAUCAUCCGUAUCGCCCGAACUUCAUCAGCGUUGUGAAGUGUCAGGUUGCGUCAGAACAGACAAGUUGUUACGUAUCCCCAAGAGUGGAUUGUAAAUUGCCGGUAGGUCCAGUACCUCGUCCCUAUUCAGUUAGAGCGAUUCGGACGAAAUUUCCGUGUUUUUUUUGUCUCAAAUUUUUGCUCUGAGUUUUGAGAUUUUCUAUACUACAUGUCUUCGCCAGAGCUGGUGAAAAACGUUUUUAAACAUUGAUUGUACACUUGCAAUAACGAGAGCCGUAAUGACCAGUAUAGCUAGCUUGUUAGACCGUCUUCCAUAACCCGCGUCUAUAGCCUGUUUUUCGUAAUCUUUCGUUAUCAGGUCAUCGAGGCUAUGGUUCUACAGAAGCAGAUAUGCUUAGUAAAGAAGUAGUUUACGACAGACUUCAAGCCUUGAUUCCUGAAGAGGAGAGAAGAACUAAUGGCAACAGCAAAAAUCACGAAACUGUAGAACAUGUAAACAGGCGAAGCGAACCGGACUCCCCAUCGUCACCCGGUUGGGGCGGAGCACCCGGGAGUCCAGGCUUUGAACUGAGUUCCUAUCAGGGCGAGGUCGAAGAGGGGGUAUUGGUCAAUGUGACCGGAAGCCCUAUAGAUACACUGGAAGAACUCGGUUGUGUUGAGUUAGAUUAUGUUGAUUCGGAUGAGGUAGAUGAUAUUUUAGGAGAGCAAACUCCUGUUCAAGUUCACAGUGGCAGUCCACAAGAUGAAGAAGAACAACAAGAAGAGAAACCCUGUCGGGAGGAAGAUGUAAAAUCACCCGAAGAACACUCUACUGAUGAAACGAGUGAUUUUGGGAGAUGCGAGGAAUCAAAUCACGUACAAGAUAAUGAGAAUUCUCUGAAGCUCACUUCCCUAAAAAUACACUACCAUACAGAUAAUACACAGGACAAUAACGAAGACCCGUAUGAAAAUACUUUGUCCGACCUUCAACUUGCGGAUUUACUGAAGACAAUCAACAGUUCAGAUUAGAAGUCAUUUUUCUGGGUCUGCAGUGAAAUUGCUGCAAAUUCAAAACAUUUUAGGCGGAAUUAUACUCUCAGGUACACCAAAAAAACUCCUUACCCUUUUACAAGUCAUGGUUCGUGGAUCUAAUCCCACAAUAACCAGAAAACACUACUUGAGUCAUAGCGGCUCUUUUUACACAUUAAAUUAUUUAUAGCCUGAAUUUCAGGAGUCUCCUAGAUUCGCACAUUUCCGAGAGAGGCGUACUCUUCUGGGAGUACACGCUGAAAUUGAAAAUAGAUUGAAAAUCAAAGCAAUUGCUGUUAUACGUUUCCAGUGAGUCAUGUCAAUAUUCGAAGGUUUGAUCAUUCGUUAUGUAUUUGCCAGGCAAAAGCUAUUGGUUGUAAUAAUUAUGGCUUCACAAAGAAUGCUGCCUGCAGGAUUAAAGUCAAACUAAAUAACAUCACCACAUGUCCCCC